CGGAUAUAUAAGGCGUCGGACGACGAGGGUGGGUUCUCAAGCCCCAGCGGUAUACAGCUCCUACCUGGUCGUCCUUGUCCAUCCGGUCCACCCUCGCCUCAGCCAUGUUCAACUUUGCCAUUAUCGCUGCGGCGCUCGGUGCCUCGACCGUGGCUGCGUUCCCUAACGUUCCCCGCGCUGCUGGUGGCCGGAACUGUGGCACGACGAUCUCCGACGAGCGCAUCGUCGAGGUCGAGAAGCACUUUGCUGCCAACAGGAUUUCCUUCGCGAAGGAAAAGGCGAUUGCGGCGGACCCCAUUAACGUUUAUUUCCACGUUAUCAGCGCGAACAGCACCGAGGCCGGUGGUAACGUCCCCGACGAGCAGCUUGAGGCGCAGAUCGACACCCUCAACGCCGCCUACAAGAGCAUGGGCCUCAGCUUCACCCUCGCGAACACGACCCGCACGGAGAACGCCGAGUGGUUCAACAACGUCGGCCCUGACUCCUCCGAGCAGACGGAGAUGAAGGAGGCGCUCCGCGUCGGCGAGGCGUCCGACCUCAACGUUUACACUGUUGGCUUCACGUCCGGCACCGGCGCGGGCCUCCUCGGCUACGCAACGUUCCCGAGCGACUACGAGAGCGCACCGAAGGACGACGGUGUAGUGAUGCUGUUCUCGUCUACGCCGGGCGGCGCGACGGAGAACUACAACCUCGGGCAGACGCUUACGCACGAGGCGGGCCACUGGGUCGGGCUGUACCACACCUUCCAGGGCGGCUGCAAUGGCCAGGGCGACCACGUCGACGACACGCCUGCUGAGUCUGAGCCUGCCUACGAGUGCCCCGAGGGCCGCGACACUUGCUCUGCUGAUGGCGUGGACCCGAUCCACAACUUCAUGGACUACACCUACGACAGCUGCAUGACCGGCUUCACCGAUGGCCAGGGCGAGCGUGCCCUCGACCAGAUCGCCACCUACCGUGGCAUCUCAUAAACGACAACAUCGCAUGGGCAACAUUGAGUAUUCCUCCGAUCCGGGUUGAUGAUGAUGAUGGGCACGCAUAUACUUAUAUGUAACCUCACUGCACACUAUGAAUAUUCCGGCAACGACGUCGUGUUGUAAGCAUAUGUCCGCAACAACAGAGCUUGUUACUCUGAAGAA